AUGGUGAUUUCUCGCCAACCACUGCCAAUAUACGAGAAAAUCUUGAAGGCCUUGAAAGAAAACUAUGAGCACUACUACCAAGAGAAAAUGUCAAAAGCACCUCAACCAAUACAAACCCAAAGUUGUAUGAUGUUGUCUUCAGAAGAAGAAUUCCCUAGUCUGAGACAAGCAAAUCCUCAAGAAGAAACCGUAAUGAAGCCUUUCAUUUAUAGUAAAGAAGUGACAGCAGAAGGAUCCAAGAAACCUAUCUCUCAGGCAGAAGAAGUACUAAAUUGGCAGACAAAAAAUGCUUUAGCCCAGAAUAGCCUACUACAAAAGAUUGAAAGAAAAAUGGAUAGAAUAGAAUUGUCCAUAGAAAAGGAGAUUGGAGGCAUGAAUUCCAGGUUACAAAAGCAUUAUGCAGAAUUGAAGGAGAAGAUAGAAAGACUUGAAGAAGAGACAAGGAAAAUCAAAGAAACAAGGAGAUUCAACAACCUGCUCAUUGAAAAAGAAAGAGAGUUACAAAAAACAAGGGAGCAGUAUGAAGAACUUAUCCAAUAUGUAGGAGAGAAAAAGAAGAUUCCCAUCUUCGAAGAUGAACCUUACUAUGUAAGGCCAUCAAAAAUAUUUCCAACAAUUUCAAGACAAUCUCUUAAACCAACUCCACUUUUCCCCCCGAAAGACUCUUCACCAAGAAAUAGAGAUUGGUUUAAAGAAAAAAGAAAAGAGAAAGAAACUGAAGAAAGAAAAACCUCUCCUGAACCGAUACCUGAACCUUCUUCAAAAAAGGCAGAAAUCUCUUCUGAUGAGAAGAUUUUCCAAGAUGCCCAGGACCCUUAUUCUCAAUACACAAUCCACCACAUCAGCUCAGAUGAUUCAAUACCUUCUUCUGAUGAAGAAUCAGUAGAAUCCUAUGAAGAAAACACUGAAACAGAAGAAGCAGAAGUGAACCAUACUUUCAUGGCAAAUGAUACAGAUCAACCUUUUGCUGAAAGGACGAGACUACAUAAUCAAGAAGUUAAUACUCCACAUCCAACCAACAACAUUUCCUACCCACUUAUCCUCAUGCAAAACCCACCUUCCUCUUCUAACCCUUAUCCACACAAUCCAUUUCCACCUGAGAUAAGGUCUUUACAAAACCACCAGAUACCUCCAAAACAAAAUUGGUUCAACCCAGAUACUCCUUUUCUGAAUAUCUUUGCUAUUCUUAUUGGAGAAGAAUUCACAGAAGAAGAUCAAUGCCAGAUGGAGACUCUGGACCUUUCCAUGAUCAAGAAGAAAGAGUAA